AAACUCAAGUCUUUUGGCGAAGACUAUAUUGAACUCAAGUCGGAAAACAACACUUAUAAAGUGAAAUAUUCCUCAGAGACUUAUCCACACUUUUCCGUUUUGUUCACCCAAUAAACAUGUAUUGUUCAGCUGAGAUUAUGGGCAACUUCAAGUUGUCUAGUCUUUCAAUGGCCAUCCUCAACUCCAACGGUUUCAGAAACCCAGUUGGUUUUUUCAACGUGGAUUCUCUUACUACAACACCAAGAAUCCCGGCGACUUCAUUAAAGUGUGGUUGCAGUAACAGUAGCAGUAACAGUACCAGUUUUGAAGUGUUUUCAGUUACAUCAUCUAGUAAGUACGACGUUGAUUAUCUAGGACAGAGCACAAAAGGGGAUUUGAAUCUCAAACUCGACCAUCUUCAGGCUUUUGGCCUUGAUGGUCAAAUAACUUUAGAUGGUCCCAUUGAGGAAGUUGCUAGGAUUGAGGCCGAAGAAGCUGAUAAUUUGCUUACUGACUUGGGUAUCCCGAGUCCUUCUUCGGCAAGAAAUUCGCCUCGUGGAAUAUUUUGUAGUAGAACAUUGAAUCUUCGUUCAAUCAGUGCCAUUGGCUAUGACAUGGACUACACCUUGAUGCAUUAUAAUGUCACGGCUUGGGAAGGUCGUGCUUAUGAUUACUGUAUGGAAAAUCUAAAGAACAUGGGUUUCCCAGUUGGUGGUCUUGCUUUUGAUCCCAAUCUAGUAAUUAGAGGUCUUGUUAUAGACAAGGAGAAAGGCAAUUUGGUUAAGGCCGAUCGAUUUGGUUAUGUAAAAAGGGCUAUGCAUGGCACGAAAAUGUUGUCUACUCGAGCUGUCAGUGAGAUGUAUGGGAGAGAACUAGUGGAUUUGAAGCAGAGUCGGUGGGAGUUUCUCAAUACACUAUUCUCUGUUUCAGAAGCUGUGGCUUAUAUGCAGAUGGUUGAUAAAUUGGAUGAAGGAGCUAUAUCACCAGACCUUGGUCCACUUGAUUAUAAAGGUCUUUACAAGGCUGUUGGAAAGGCUCUUUUUAGGGCCCAUGUGGAGGGUCAGCUCAAGAGUGAGAUAAUGUCUAAGCCUGAACUCUUUGUAGAGCCUGAUCCGGAAUUACCUUUAGCACUUUUAGAUCAAAAGGAGGCCGGUAAAAAACUUCUGCUGAUUACAAACUCAGAUUACCAUUACACAGACAAAAUGAUGCAGCAUUCCUUUAACAGAUUCCUGCCAAAUGAUAUGGGCUGGCGAGAUCUAUUUGACAUGGUGAUAGUCUCAGCAAGGAAGCCAGAAUUCUUUCAAAUGUCACACCCAUUGUAUGAGGUGGUGACGGGUGAGGGUUUAAUGCGUCCAUGUUUCAAAGCCCGUAAAGGGGGCUUGUACUCUGGGGGAAGUGCUCAGAUGGUAGAGAGUUCUCUAAAUGUCCAUGGAGAUGAAAUAUUGUAUGUUGGUGACCAUAUUUACACUGAUGUCAGUCAGUCCAAAGUUCAUCUGCGAUGGCGAACGGCACUGAUUUGUCGAGAACUAGAAGAUGAGUAUAAUGCAUUAAUUGGUAGCCGGGAUCAUCGAGACAGGCUAAUAGAGCUUAUAAAUCGAAAAGAGGUUGUAGGUGAUCUCUUUAACCAACUCCGGCUCGCACUGCAAAGGCGAACUAAAGGGCGUCCUGCACAAACCCUUGCUGCGACUAACAUGGACGAUCAGGAACUCACAGAAAGUGUUCAAAAGCUACUUAUGGUUAUGCAAAGGCUAGACGAGAAAAUAGCUCCUAUGUUAGAAGCGGAUGGGGAGCUCUUCAAUAAAAGGUGGGGAUAUCUAUCACGUGCAGGACUUUGGGAUAAAAGCCAUUUGAUGAGACAAAUUGAGAAGUAUGCAGAUAUAUAUACGUCUAGGGUGUCGAAUUUUCUACAUUAUACACCCUUCAUGUAUUUCCACUCACAGGAACAGACGCUUGCUCACGACUCGUAUUCAUAUUAUUGUUCAGAGUUCAACGGAUCUGCAUUUGGGAACGAGAAUGGAUUUAGCUUGUGAUGCAGCAGCAUGAGAGUAUAAUUUAGUGGAAGAAUUGAUGAUGAUACUUAUAAAUAUGUGAUAUGAGUAGAUGAUUAAUAAGUGAAGAUUGACAUAUGAUAUGGUUUCUCCAUUCUGUCUUUUGUA